GUGAGAUGGAUCCAGAUAUCUUUUCGAUUUGUUUUUUGUUUUGGCCCUCAACUGCCCUGGCCAUUUGCUAGCUAGGGCCAGAUUGCGAGGCAGGAACGAUCCCAUUGCUCGGUAUUAGUGUAAUAAGAGCAAGAGAAGUAAGACAGGCCAAGAUGCUGAAAACAGCGGAGAACUCACUGUUGCUGGGGGUAUUUGUGUUGGCAUGUUUCUAUGAUAAUGGAAUCUUUGCAUUCUACCCGUCACUUUCGACAAUCAGCCCUGGAUACUCGCCUCCACUGCAUCAAUCACGCUCGACGUGCCACGCUGCUACCGGAAGUGACGAGACAUAUGCAUCAUCAGAUCCCAGUACUACCAGAUCUCAGUUUCUUCAGUCCACAAUUGCCUUGCUGCUGGCAUCGAGCCCUGCCCAUGCUUUUGAUGGAGGGGUUGGCGGAUUGGGGAAAACCAAACCAGAGACGGGUGUGGUACUCUUCUCGGAUCUUUCGGCACCGGUGCAGAAUGCGGCUGGUAUUGUUUCGGCCGAAUUGAACAUUCAAAAUCAACCCGUUCUGGUGACCUUUCAAACACCCUGGCCAUUAUUGCCCACCACAGGAGGCUUGGAAGCCAGAGAUUUGCAACAAGCAGAGUCCGCCUUUGUACAAGUCGUCACGGAAAAUGUUCCCAAAGAGAAUCCUCUCACAAAACAGUCCAUGAAGAAACUUCUCAUGACGUCCGUCUUUAAUCAACAGGGAAAGUUCUCGGCGUAUGGCCAGCCAAUCGACAUCAAAGUCAAAGGAACGGAUGACGCUGCUGUCUUUGCUGUCUCUUUCACGACCUUCACUCCUGGAAUGAGGGAGAGCGAGAGGCAAACUCUCAUCAAGUAUUCCUCCGUGGGAAGCGCAAUUGUCCUCCUCAUCACAGGGACCACGUCGAUACGGUAUAGAAAACAGGAACCAGUGUUUCAGGCAGUUGCCAAGUCCUUCACUGCUGUGGCAGCUCCGUCUUCAAAAAUGCGAUAGCUACAACAAUAAUACUUCUACCGGUACCGAAGAGGAAGUUUGGCGUCAGAGGAUAGGAUCCCCUGUACCGGUAUAUGUACCGGUAUCAAACCAUCUACAAUCAACGUACGUGUACAUUACAUGUACCGGUACCGUACCAGCAGGUGUGUCUGCUGCUAAGAGGGAGGAGUGGAAGUGUUGUGAUUGCAGCUACCGGCACUACCAAAAGGUACCGGUACCUUUUGCAAUCCAGCAGUGAGAGAUACCAGUCACUAACGCUAAAAUCGUAUGGUUUAC